ACCUAUAUCGCGUCGGUGACAUAACGUUGCGUUGUUUUCCGAAGAUAUACGACGAUAAUAUUGAUAGUGUAAAUGCGCACAUGAUCGCAAUAUAGCACUUUUCAUUCAUGGAGCUGGAAUAUCCUGAUAUUUUUCGGUCAUUUUGAUUACAUUUUUUAAUGAUCCUCUAGCCCGCAAUCUUAUCGCAAUAAAUAGCUUGUUUCUACUAACUCCCCUCCAAAGGCUAUAUUCAAAUCGUACGGGGGUCUCAAAGUUCGCGUUAUCUAGCAUCAGGUGAAUGAACAUCUACACGAAUCUUUAUUAAAAAAAAAUAUGAUGCACAUAUUUGAUCAGCGUGACACACAAGUACAACGUGAAAUUAUGUAAACGAAAACACGACCAUAGUUUGGUGAAUUAUCGUGACUAUUAAGUAAAAAGAAUAACGAAAGGUGGACGUAUCGUUCUCGUUUGAAUAUUGCAUUCAUCAAACUAUUAUUCCAUGUGAAAUCGUUACCAAAACGAUCCGCCGUUACCUUAAUUUCUUCAAGGAACACAAGUAUUAGCUUUGACCAUAAAUGCUUUCGGAAGACAAUUAAAAAAACAGCGUGUUGUUUUGUUCGAUUCGUGCAAGAAACUGAACAUCGGAAAUUUCGUUAUUACAAAGUGUAUAUUUAACUGUCCACGUCUCGAUGUACAGAACAAAAUUAAGCAACUUGUCUUUCGCUUAAUCCUAAUCUAAACGUUUCAUUAUUUAUUGAAGUGCCUUUUAUCUUCCAACUUGGACAAUGAGAGAUGGAGUUAGAUUACGUCAACAUGUUACAAAAAGAUCCUCCAGCGAUAUACUAUACGAGGACAAAACUUCUGCUAAAAAGAAAGACACACUGCCAAACGAAACGCAACACUUACUUUUCCUGUUCACAUUUUUCCUUUUCAUAUCCCUUGCCAUAAUUGCGUUUGAAAAAAAGUUACCUGAACCACUGACGAUAAGCAAAGAGGGGCUGUAUCAAGGAAGGUUUAUAGCAGAAAGAGCGCACAAUCAUCUUGUGAAUCUUACAUCCAUUGGUCCACGAAUCGUUGGAAGUUACGAGAAUGAAGUGUUGGCCAUUAAAUAUUUAACAAGCAUCAUUAAUAAUAUAGUUAAGGAGGCCAAUGAGAAUCACAAGAUUCAGAUCAAUGUGACUAAACACAGUGGAGCGUUUCCCUUAAAGUUUCUUGACGGAAUGACAAAUGUUUAUAAAAACGUUCAAAAUGUUAUUGUUAAGAUCAGUCCACACAGGCCCACACAGAACAGUUUGCUAUUGAAUUGUCAUUUCGAUACUUUUCCUGAUAGUCCUGGUGGGUCGGAUGAUGGAGCAGGUUGUGCUGUGAUGUUAGAAAUUAUACGCGUGAUUGCUCAUAGUUCAAAAUUGUUGAAGCAUAGUGUUAUAUUUUUGUUUAACGGCGCCGAAGAAAAUUUAUUACAGGCUUCCCAUGGCUUUAUUACUCAACAUCCUUGGGCCAAGGAAGUCCGCGCUUUUAUAAACUUAGAAGCUUGUGGCGCAGGCGGCCGUGAAUUAUUAUUUCAGGCUGGACCUGAUAGUUCUUGGAUGCUUCAGGUAUAUUCCAAGUUUGUUCCCUAUCCCUAUGCAUCGUCGCUAGCUCAAGAAAUAUUUGAAAGUGGUAUUGUACCUGGUGACACCGAUUUUCGAAUAUUCAGAGAUUUUGGAAAUGUUUCUGGUCUCGACUUUGCUUGGGCAACCAAUGGUUACGUAUACCAUACGAAAUUUGAUAAUAUCGAUCAAAUACCGUUAGGAUCUUUACAAAGAACCGGGGACAAUAUCCUUGCUUUAUUGCAAGGAAUAGUGUUAGAUAAUUAUUUAUCCGAAGUGGCGAUUCAAGAGAAUGCAGGGAAUCUUGUAUUCUUUGAUUUCUUAGGCACAUUUGUUAUUAGAUGGCCACAGUACGUGGCAAGUACAAUUAAUAUCGUUAGCAUAAUUUCUGGUGUAUAUUCUAUAUAUCUGAACACACAUAGUGCUCGGAAAGAUGUAAAAAGGUCAAUAUACUUAAAGCAUUUAUUACUGUGUCUUGGAGCAAUAACUGUUUCGUGGCUGGUAUGUAUAAUUUCGUGCACGCUGAUUGCUCUUGUCCUUACCAAGCUCGGAAAAGUUAUGAGUUGGUACGCAAGACCGGCAUGGUUGUUUUUCCUUUACGUAUGCCCAACCAUUUUUGUGUCGAUGAUGUUCUUCUUGUUCAUGGGAUCGCGUCAGAGGAAGGAAGUUAAGUCUACAUGGAUUUUAUAUCAAAUAUACUGUGAUGCAUAUUCCACGAUAUGGAUGUCGAUUCUAUUCUGUUGUGUUCUAUUUGAAAUACGAUCUGGUUUUAUCCCGUUACAUUGGGUCGUAUUUCCUACGCUUGGAAAUUUACUUCGAUACAAUUUCUUUAAUAAAUGGAGAGGCUGGAAAUGGCUCUUCUAUUAUUUAAUUACGAUGUUUUUACCCUAUAUGCUGUCGUUUUAUCUAGUAAUCGGAGCGUUGUAUCUUUUCAUUCCUAUAAUGGGACGAUCUGGUAGUAGUAUAAAUUCGGAAGUUGUCAUGGCUAAUACGUUAUCGAUAAUAUUUUGCCUGCUUCUUAGUUUCACGUUACCAGUUGUGCUUCUAAUUAAAAAUGCCGAACGAGUUCUAAGUGUAUUACUCGGGAUAUUCUUAAUAACUAUAGCCGUGUUAAUUUUAACACCGCUCGGUUUUCCGUACAGUGGCGAUUUGACAUCGUUGGCGCCGGAACGUUUCAUGAUCGCGCACACACAAAGACAAUAUUACGAUGUUAAUGGCAACUUACGGUAUUCUGGAACUGGAUAUUGGAUAGCAGAUUUAGAUAUGAAUAGUCCACAUAGUGUGGAAGCUAUGGUACCUGAAAUAGGUGCUGCAACGCCAACAGUCAAAGAUUGCGAACAAGAGCUGUAUUGUGGCUUACCAUACUUUAUGCCAGUUACGACCUUUUUAUGGAAAACAAGUUGGAUUCCAGGCCCUGCGCCACUUAUCUCUACUCCAACGAAGCUCGACCUUAUUUCAAAAUCAAUAAGGCAAAACAUUGUCAGCUUCACGUUCAAUGUUACAGGACCCGAUCACAUCAGUAUAAUUUUGUCACCGUACAAAGGGGUUUAUUUACAAAGAUGGUCUAUUUUAGAAGGUAAAGCAUUACAAGGACCUAAAUGGAACGAUAGAGAAACAUACUUCGUUUAUUAUUCCUGCGCAUCUUACUGUGCUCCGUAUACGUUUUCUCUGGAACUGAAUGUGACGACUAUGCAAAAGACUCCGUGCCUAUCAGUAGCAUUGGGCGGUCAUUUUCUGCACGGUGAACACAAAAAAUCUCUAAGAUUUAAACGUUUUUUGUCUCAAUUUCCAUCUUGGACGGUAGUCACAUCGUGGACUGCGACGUAUACUUCUUGGCAAUUUUAAUAUGCGAUAUCGAACGAUUAUUCUAGAUUGAAAUAGUCAGUGGGGCCUAACGAAAACUGCGCUGUACGGAGCGUAUUACUUGAUACGUUUCGGAGCCAUGCAAAAAUAACAUUGCAAUCUAUAAGCUUAAGACUUAGGGUAAACGCAGAUUAUACGCUAAUUUCUUGCAACUGCAAUACAAUAAGAUACAUCGAUCAACGUUAAAUGAGUAUUGAAGAAUGAGAUGUUUGUCAUUCUAUUUAUAUAAAUUUUUUACUAGUACAGUAUUGGUAUAGAUAACAUUUUUGGAGUAGUAAGACGUUGCUUUCAACGCGAAAGGUGCAAGAGUACUUGGAGUAACAUUUAUCUUAUACAGUUGAGAUUUCACUAAUUACAGUUAAUCUAUUUGUAGAGAUUCAGUAUGAUGGAGCAUAUCAACUCUAUGCCUUAGAAUAAUUACCGCUACGUUUAAUUUUUAAACGCUAGAGAAAAUAUUGUUACAGACCAAUUAAUCUGUAAUAGCGAACUAGAGGAUUAUAAAAAUUCAUAGGUUCGAUAUCUAUCGCCGUACGACGGUUGUCUUUUUAUCUUGUUAUCUUCGUAUUAGGAAGUACAAUUUUAAAUAAUCAUUCAAAAUUUUACAAACCGAUGUAAAGAACAGUAAUACAACAAACAAAAGUUUCAAAGCACAAAUGCAACAGUCUGCUUCACAAACGUAUUAAAAUAAUUGUAACGAUUGUUUAAUAUCGUAUUAAUUAUUAAUUUUAGUAUAAAUUACCGAGCAUAAUAAUUUUAACAUCGCAAUAGAAUUGUCUGGUUAUUGCAUACACAUAUUUUUUUUACGAAUUUCGUUCGUUCAUUUCCUUUAUUUAUUCUGUUACAUAGUUGUACAUUAUCUCUUUGUUUACGAUAUGUAAAACGACAAUUUUAUAAUGAAAGAAUAGCUUUAAUUGUUAGCAUUUAUACAAGCGAUACGAUUUGUUUGAGUCAUUUUAGUUUAUAUCUGUUGUUGUUUAGGAGACUGAACUUUAUUUAUGUUUUAUCGUUCUUUAUGGUUGUUUAUUUAAUGAUGUUAAUGAAUGUAUGCAAUAAUUACUACAAUUUAGUAACUAACGUUAUACGUUUUAAUUCUCUUGGUGCAUCGAUAACGGGCAGUCUACCGAAUUAAGAUGUUUCUAAUUAAAAUACAAUUUCGAAGAAAAUGUAAUUUAAUUCAAGUAUUUAUCGAAACGCUACACGUUUAAAUCUAAUUCUAAGAAAGUUUUGCCAAUAUCGAUAGCCAAUUAUGUAACCACAAGUAAGUCCAAAGUAUUAAUAGAGCAUAAUAACAAAUAAUUUACCAAAUUUGGUAGACCCGAAUUCAUAUUUCGCUACAAAUUUGAUCAGUUACCGAUGUUGAAUUCUUCAUUCCUACGUUUGAUCCUUUGCGAUUUACUUGUAAGUACGAUUCUUUGUUGACUGACUUCUUUUAAAAAAAACUACUACGUGUUCAAUGUGUAUUGCCAAACAUGCUAAGUACGCAACUUUCAUUGCACAAAUGUUAUUGCGAUUCUACUUAAUAAUGUUGCACAAUGUUAAGCGUCUAAAUAUGAAUUAAUUUUUUCUAUUGUACGAUCUUCGUUUAUGGUAUUUUAAUUAUACACGCACGGAGACGGAUUUAUAAUGAUUAAAAUGUUAUGUUAUUUUAAUUUAUAAACAUAGAUCUCUGUUACUUGAGACGACGAUUUUAACUGAUUUACCGUUAUUAAGUCGCGUCGUGAAAAUUAAUAAUGGUAUCUCGAUAAUUUUGUUGUUCCCAAGUUUUUAUUUUUACUAGUUUAUUCAGUUACCUACAUGUUCCUGCUUGUAUGUUAUUCUUAUUUAGUGAUUGUUAUAAAACGAGUAAAGGUUAAUAGGAAUGAUCAAUAAAAAAAGUUGAGAAUUGAUUUUUUUCUUUCACGAUGAUCACACCUCCUGUUAACUAAAAUUAUACUAUAUGUAUAGUUAUACUAUAUGUAUUAGUCGCUGUAAUCGUUUGCUGCUGUUCAUUGAUCGAUCGAAUCAAUUUCCUGUUUCCGAAGCGCUGUCGAUUACGUAAAUAAUCGAGUUCUAUUACCGAAUGGAAUCAGUAUGACACACAUUGCAAAAAAAAAAAUAGAAGAAUUAUCGAACCGUGACCAUUUUAAAAAAAUAUAAGGUAAAGGUACCCAGUUUUCGAUACUCUAAACUGCUUUUGUCAGAGUUCAAAUACUUUUGUGGGCCACUUCCAGUACCUGCGUACAACAAAUCUGUUGUAAAAAUGAUAUACAUGGUACUCAGCCACCCCUGGGAAAAAUUUUAAUAGGAGAUUCUAGAGGCCAAAAUAAGACGAAAAUCAAAAAUAUUAAUUUGUCGAUGGAGGU